AUGCAAUAAAUGGCAAGUGCAAUCAAGAAAAAUACUUUUUUAGAUGCAUAAUUAGAACCUGUGAUUGAAGAAAGUUUCGACAAAACUUCGCUUGAAAACUUCGUCAUGGAAACAUAGAAAAUAUCAUAAGCUUAAACCUCUAAGAAGCAUUAACCUCUUGAUAAUUCAGUUGACUUAAGAGAGUUCCCCAAUGCAGAUUUCUAUUACAAAUUGGUAGCAAAGGUUAACGGAAAAUACUUUUCAAUAUUCGAUUCAAAUACAGAAUAUGUGAUUGGAGCACACAUGGAAUAGCAAGUUAAGCCUGAUCGUGGAGGAGGCUAUUAUGUUUAUGGGAGUGUUUAAGAAGCUGUAUUUGCUGAUGUGCCGUUUAACAAGGGAGGCCAUUACAUAGCACCCAGAACAAUUCUGAAAGUAAUCGCAUGGGGUGAUCAAAUUAAAUAUACUCAUGGAAAGAUAGCAUUCAAUCAUUUACUUCCUGUUCAGGAUAUUGGUUUGCCAAUCGGCUAUAAAAAUAGCAAAGAGAGCAUUAAAUUGGCACUAAGGCACUAAGAGGAAAGGAAACUAAAGAGUAAGGAAUAUUAAUAUAAUAAUGGCCUUGUAAGAAAAAAGGCAAAGGUUGGCUAUGAAGCUGAUAAAUUUGAGAAUUAUUUUGGCACUAAUAGUAAGCCAGAGAGCUCUCAAUCAUUGAGGCCUUAAAGCUCAAAAUCUAAUUAUUAAAAGCGAGAAGUUGAUGUUAGGAUUACAAAUGAAAUAUAAAAUGGACUAAAUAAAAUGAUAGAAGAUUUAGAAAAUCAGUAUAGGUGA